AUGUCAGAUCAAACACCAUACGCGAUUCUUCCAGAGUCUAUCGGCAUUCCCCGCAUCACGUCUACAAAACAAGAGUCAACACUCAAUUACUACGGUCCAGUUGACGCCUCACUUGCUACUGAGGCGUCGAAAUUCCUCGCUCUCCAUACCGAUGAGGUAGAGCAGGAGUUGGAACCCAAAAUCAAGGCGUUCUUGGAGACCACGCAAAACGACUGUUCGGGAAACAUCGAAGAGAAAAAGGCAUGCUGGCUCACCAUCCGAAUCACAAAGCCUACUACCGCUUUCAAAAUCCCGAGAUGGCAUCAAGAUGGCCCUAUGUUUGAGUACGAUCAAGGACGCGAAGACAUCGUGCGUAGCAAGUAUGCGCUCACUCUCCUCGGGCCAUCUACGCUCAUGCUACAGCCGAAUGAGCCUGUCUUCACUACGCAGCAUGAAGCGGAGGCGCGCUAUUACUGGUGGCAAGAUAAAACGGAUGGCCCUGAGCCAUCCGAAGACGAAAUGUACGACGCCGACGAUCUAUUGCGGGAGUCGCUUGGCAAUGCAUUCAAAGACACUCCGAGAGUUCAGGUCGGGCAUGGUCAAAUUGUGCGGUUCAGCUGGGGGAGGGAUGACAGUCCGGUGCAUUCAGAGCCGAAUCUUGUCUCUGAUAGGGUCUUUAUGACUGUACUGUAUGGAAGUGAUUCGGAGUUGCGAACGAUGAACCUCUCGCGCCUGUCUCGCGUCAAUCACGCGUUUCACACUAUUUUCAACGCCGUUCUCUACAAGCGCAACGCCGCUGCCACUGGUCUACCUCCAUGCUAUCCAUGGACCCACGAACACGAUCCACAGUAUUGUUGGACAUGCCCCGUCGACAAGGCCUUAAGGUCAUGUCUUCAUUGGGCCGUUGUUCACGACUCGCUCUCCACGAUCAAGCUUGGUGUUGCCUAUGGCUCUGAUAUCAACAAGAUCAACGACGUUGCCGACUGCAUCCCUUAUAAACAAGACCCUGAUUGUAUUCCCAUUUGUGGACCGAUCAUUCGGGCGCAGCUCGCAACGCCAUUGCCUCUUGCCAUCUUUCUGAAGCGCUUCGAGAUCGUACAUUGGCUUCUUGACAAUGGCGCUAGUACGGAUGUUUGGCCAGAUACGCUGUGUAAUUGUCGAAAGUAUGGAAGAGUGGUCAAUAGCACCUAUGAGAUCUUUCAGUUGCUUCUAGAACGAGACGUUAUUUACUCUGUGAUAUGCGAUGAGGGCAACAUCUCAGGCCUUCAUUGCGCUAUCGCAGAAGGGUCCCUUUCUGCAAUUGAUGCCUUCAUCCAGCACAAGGCUUUCAGUCCUACUGAUCGUGACGCGAAGGCCCAGACGCCCCUUCACUGGGUUAAACAUUGCAAAGACCAGGACUUGGCAUGUGCAAUAGUUGAGAAGCUGGUACAAUGGGGUGUUCCUCUGGAUGCGGAAGCUGAAUCUCAGUGGGGAGAUUGGCAUGGUGGUACCGCACUGAACGUGCUCAUCGGAAGGAGAAAAUUCGAACCUGCUAUCAAGCUACUGCAGCUUGGAGCCGAUCCGACAGUACAACAGGACGAAGAUGGGGGCCUGCAACUGUUGAGCAACUGCAUCGACGAUCGUGACAGAGAAGAUAUGUCUAACUGUUCGCCAGAACGCCUGGAGAGGAAGAGAGAGGCCGGGCUGGAGUUACUGAGUCUACUGAUCCAAAAGGGAAUCGACCCAGGCAAGCCCCGUAAACUGGACGGACUCCAUGAUAUAGAUGAUCUCGAUGAUCCAAGACCGUUGUUAUCAGCACUACUAAUGUCCGACACCCGAUGCGUACAAAUUCUCCUCGAUGCUGGAGCAAUGGCCCGCGAAGCCAUCUACGAAAACAAUCACGAUAAUCUCCUCCGAGACUUUGUAGAGAUGAUGGUGGAUGCUGUGGAAGAGGGUAUAUCCUUUCGAGAAAUGAGGGAUGAAGUUGAAUCGCGCAAAGAGUCGGGCGAUGAUCGACCUUGGGUCUCGGGUUUUACGACAAUUUAG